CUUGUAGCCAUCGCUGACCCAUUUCCUGAGAACCUCUCGCCGACGAUGACGAUAGAAGGCGGCAGCACAUCGACCUGGCAUGCAAUUCGACCGUGGAUGCCGCCGUCGCUGACGCUGACCACUCGCGAGAUCACCUCGGUCUCAGCCACCUUUGUCCUCUCGACAUGCGACUGGAACUCGCAGAUCAAGUCGCUCAGCGAGACGUUCCUGGUAUCUUCCAAGUCUGCCGAAGACGAGGAUGGGAGCGAUGAGGAAGAGAACAGGGCGCCGAUUGCGGAGACGCUGUCGAAGGGCUUGUCAGUGAAGGUAAAUAGCUCGCCCUGGCAGCGGGUCCUCAUCCGGGUGGACGAGCGGGCGGAUGAGGCGGUAGUUAUUGUCUAUGGGUUGCUACCAGGAAGAGGGUAUGAGAUUGAACUAGGGGUGAUACACGAUGUGCCGGGUGCGGGGCUGGAGGGACUCGGGGAGGAAGUGCAUACGCAUGAAGAACGCGUACGGAGAGAUGUGGUGACGGAAGGCACUGAACAUAUCCAUGCGGACGGGACGGACGACACCCAGUCCAGUUCCGACUUCUUCUCUCCAUCCGACCCUCCAUCGCCCUCGUCGUCUCUGAAUAGCGUAUCCCCGCCCCCUCGUCCAACGAUUACGAUUGAGCAGUACACGAAUACGCUCCUCGCCCGGCUGACGGCCCUCAACAACGAACGAAGCGAGCUUAUAGCCACCCUCAAAGCAACGAGGAAGGAGAGCCAGAAGGCCGACUCCACCCUGCGGUCCGAGAUUGAUAUCCUCAAGCGCUCUUCGGAACGCUUCGUCAAGGAGGAAGCGCGGGCGAAGCAAAAAUUGCUUGCGCUACAAGAGGCCGAGAAAAGAAGCCGCUCAGCAACCGAGGAGAUCGAGGAACAGGCUAAGGAGGUGCAGUCUGAUUUGCCUGAGCUGGAGGCUGAGAGAACAAACAAGGAGAAGGAGUUUGAGCGGGUCAAGGCUGAGGCGGACAAGGUGCGGGCUCGGCGCGAGGAAGUGGAAGCUGAUGCGAGGAAGAGAGACGAAGGGUUAAAGGCAGAGUUAGGAAGGGAGGAGGCGCGCUUGGAGAAGCUGGGGGCAAGGAGGGAGAGGCUAGAGGGCGGUGUCGCAGAGCUCGAGGACAAGCUAGAGGAGGUGAGGAGGGAGAUCGACCGCGUUGAGAGGGAGGAGUACCCACUGGAUGAGGAUGUCGAGCAGUCGGAUCCUGCCGUGGGUGAGCGGGGUAAUAGCGCGGGGCACGAGAGCAAUAUCGCACCUGGCCAGCCUACGCAGCUGCAGAAGAAACGGCAUCCGCACUUCCUACAUCCGCGGAACAAUUUCUUCGGCGGGAGAGGGUAUCAGCACCACAGCGCUGGUCCAAUACAGAGGCCACAUCAACAGUCGACAUCCCCAUUCCAUAAUCACUUUCACCACCACCACCACCAGAAUCAUUCUCCCUUUGGGGGCGGGUACCAUCAUAACAGGAAUGGGGUGCCGACUGGCCCCAAGGGGCCAACGCGGAUUUCAGGGAACGCCGCUGGAUCCUCCUCCUCAGGCUCCUCGGGCUCGUCGCCGCACAUACCCUCGGCAGCGGCCAGUUUGUCGACCGGCGGAGCUACCGCACCGAUCACCAUCCUAUCCAGCCGCGCCCCGCCGUUCGAGCCAUCGUCCGGCCGGUAUGCCAAUCGGUCCUCCACGUUCCCUGCUCCCUCUGCCUCUGAUGCCUCCCGCGGUCAUAACCAAACGCAGUCUCUGUCACAGUUCACGAGCAGUACCUCGGAGCUGAAUCCUGCCAGUGCUCCGUUCACGCCGAGGAUGGCGCACCUGGCACGAGCGGCAAAUGCUGCUGAUCCUGCCGCGCAGCGGGGUGGCAAUAGCUCGGUAGUUGGCUGUAUGCAUGAGCUGGAUAGAUAGACUCUAGGGAUAUCGUUCUUACAGCAGCUUCAUGCCGUAAUCAAACAUUAUAAUUUAUGUAACAAUGUACUUGUUCAC